AUGGCAGAGACAGGCGUAGUUUUUCAGUCCCGACUGUCUGGGGUGAUGGAAGCAGUGUUCAAGGCUGCCACGUUUGAGAUCACCCGUUUGGUGGAAGAUAUAUUUUUGGUAGAAGUCAAGCAGUGCAGGGAACAAGUGUGCACCCUCAAAAGAAGACUCAAACUGGCUGAGAGCAAAAGGAAGCGAAGAGAGGCAGCAGAUAAUCGGGGAUGUAGGAACUGUGGCUGUGCAAAUGCUGGGCAGCCUCAGGUGUCAAAUGAGAAGGCAGUGAAUGUACAGACAGAAAUAAGUGUCAAACAGGAACAAGAUAUUACUGAAGAAGUCAAAUAUGAAAUUAACUCCCCCGUGGCCUCCCCGUCCCCAUGUUCCCAGAGUAAACAACAGAAUUCCUCAGAUAUUCAAGAGCAACUAAACGUUGUGAAAAUGGAGAGCAGUGAAGAUGAACCCAGCGAUGGACCAAGCAGCCUAGUGAUUAAACCGGAAUUCCAAUCCAGCUGGGAAACUCAAAGAGCGGCAAACAUGUCAAACAGACCAAAGCACAAGCAAUGGUGUGACCUGGUCUUCCCCAAAGACCACUCCUGA